CCGCGCAGAGCCAGGCUGACCAAUUCCAAUAUGGUGGCCAGCUUGGCAGGUCUACGGUUCCUGUUGAUGGUAUUGUUGUUCUGCGGGAUCAGGUUCGGCGCCUGCAGCCAGGAAGCUCCGCCGGUCCUGGGGCUGCGACUGGAAGACCCGGCGGGCCUGGUGUGCAUGAAGGAUCGGAUCAUCUCUGCGCCAGAUGGAGCCGAAUUCAGGCUCCGUCUGUUCGGGUCUGAUCUGAAUGGAAGCUGGCCGUGGGUGGCGUUCGCAGGGGCAGCUGGCGGAGCUGUCGGGGCGGUCGGGGAUGUGCCCGACCCGUGCGGGCAGGAGUCCCAACGCCAGCAGUCCGCUUUCCAGGUGAAGGGGAACUUCAUCCCGGACCAGGAUUACAGCGGGCUGGUGACGGUGGCGGUGGCGGUGCAGCAGAGGAGCAUCUCUGCGGGAGCAGCUGGCAGAGAGCAGACGUACCACUACCUGUGCGUGCUGAGGGAAGGGAGGUGGGCUUCCGUGGGCCCGGACACACUGCGGGUCAUCGCCGACAAGGAUCUGCCCGCAGACUACAUCCCGGCGUGGGGCCUGGCGGUGCUGGUGGUGCUGCUGCUGCUGGUGUGCGGGCUGCUGCGGACAGUGAACCUCAGCCUGCUGUGGCUGGACCCCGUGGAGCUUUAUGUUCUCCACAGCUGCGGCUCCGAGGAGGAGAAACGGGCCGCCAAGCGCCUGGAGCCAAUCAGGAGGAGGGGGAACUUCCUGACGUGUUCCCUGCUCUUCCUGUGCGCCCUGGGACACUCGGCGCUGGGUGUGCUCCUGUACCGGGCGCUGGGCUCCAUCCUCUCCGCAGUCUUCACCAGCGGCUUCCUCGUCUUCUUCCUGGCCGAGCUGGUCCCUCACAUCGUGUGCUCCGGUUAUGGCUUCCAGCUGGCGCCGGGUCUGACCUGGCUGGCCCAGGUUUGUAUGGUGCUCACCUGCCCUCUGUCCUGCCCCCUGGGGCUGAUCCUGGACCUGGGGCUGAGGAGGGAUGUCAGCACCUGUGGUAUAAGGGAGAGGGCCAUGGAGAUGAUUCGCACAAGCACCAAUGACCCUUACAGUGAGUUUGUGAAGGAGGAGUUCAGCCGCGGGACGCUGCGCAUUAAGACGGUGGAGGACAUUCUGACUCCUCUGAAGGACUGCUACAUGCUGCCCAGCUCGGCCGUCCUGGACUUCUCCACCAUGUCUGAGAUCAUGCAGAGCGGAUACACCAGGGUGCCCAUCUACGAGGAGGAGAAGUCCAACAUUGUGGAAAUCCUGUAUGUGAAAGAUCUGGCCCUGGUGGACCCAGACGACUGCACCCCCAUGACGACCAUCACCAAGUUCUACAAUCACCCGCUGCACUUUGUCUUCAACGACACCAAACUGGACGCCAUGCUGGAGGAGUUCAAGAAAGGCAACUCUCACAUGGCCAUCGUCCAGAAAGUGAACAACGAGGGGGAGGGAGAUCCUUUCUACGAGGUGCUGGGAUUGGUCACGUUGGAGGACGUCAUCGAGGAGAUCAUCAAGUCAGAGAUCCUGGAUGAAUCUGAUGGUUACUUGGACAGGAAGGUGAAGUGGCCUCUCCCCCAGCUGGAGAUUCCUCUGGAGCCUCGCAGCGCCCACGAGGAGUUUUCUCUUUUCAAGCCUCCCGAAGGAGAACCCAAGAUCCGCACCUCGCCGCAGCUGCUGCUGGCUACACACCGCUUCCUGUCUAGAGAGGUGGAACACUUCAGCCCUGGACGCAUGACUGAGAAGGUCUUGUUCCACCUGCUCCGUCACCCCAGCGUCAACCAGGAGGUGCACUUUGACCCCAGCAACCGGCUGAGCCCGGGCCACUAUCUCUACACCCGCAACCACCCGGUGGACUAUUUCAUCCUGCUGCUGCAGGGCCGUGUGGAGGUGGAGAUCGGAAAAGAGGGGCUGAAGUUUGAAAAUGGGGCGUUUACUUACUACGGCGUUUCUGCUCUGACGCUACCAUCUUCAGUGCACCAGUCUCCAGUGUCAACACAGCUUCAAUCUCCCAGGGAUCCCUUUGAGUCAGCAGACGCCACCAGCCCGUCCAGUUAUUGUCCUGACUACACCGUCCGAGCUCUCACUGACCUGCAGCUCAUACGGGUGACACGUCUCCAGUAUUUGAACGCUCUGAUGGCGUCUCGCGUCGGCCAGAGUCCAGAUCCUCCUGAGAUUAAGAUCCUGCCCAACAGUCAGACCAAGCUGCUCAACGACAGAAACACCACACAAGAGUUUCCUGUAAACUUUUCAUUCUUUGAUACCAUUGAGAACUACUGUUAGUAGUUUUUUUGCAUGAGGUAUGAAAUACAGCCUGUCAGUAGCAUGACAGCAGACUGUGCAUAACACAUACACACACAUUAAGGACAAACACACACUCACUCUCACACACAGACACACACACACACACCCCUCUAUCUUCUCAAAUCAACAGUCUCAGUGGCUGUUUUUUAUUUAUUAAUGAGAGAAAGUGCUUUACUAGAUUCACAAUCAGCACGUAGAUGUGUGUGUGUUUGUGUGUUUGUUUGUGAGGCUCUUUUGUUUCUUCAUCCUGUGUCGUUCCUCCCCUCUUCUCACCUCUAACCUGCUGGGUUUGUAAACUCAGACAGACGUGGUUCCUCACACCGUGUUCUUUCAUUAACUGCAUGUCCGAUCUGUUUCACUUUCCUCCAUAAAAAAAAAACACAGAUAUUACUAUGACUUGAAGGUGUUUAACAUGUCCUCUGGCAUCCAUAUGGGGAUCUUCUCAGGCCACUUGCAACCAGUACAAAUGUCCUAUAUGACAGGACUGGUCACAUGAUCACACGAUGAAGCAACAGUCUCUUCAAAUAAAUUACCCUUAACUUAACCCUGAAAACGAAACCUCUCUAAAACAACCCCCUUAACUUUAAUUUAAUAAAAACUAAUUGAGUAGAGUUUGAGUUCUGAUUAAUUUACACAAUAAGUUCAUGUUCUAUGAUCAUUACUUAAAGGUAAAAUAUCUUGAACUAUAUUUACAAUAUAUUUGGGGCUAAAUUAAUUUCAUAGUGACAUGUCUGAUUUGAAUCAAACAAACAGGAUGAAAUAGUGCAUUUGCCAGAGACUAUUUUCAGUGGCGGAUUAAGUCACAUUUAGUGCUCAAGCGAGCGUCUGGUGGAGCAACGUUCAGAGCAGAGAUCCAAUCCAACACCGGAGCAGACCUCCCAUGUGUCUCUCUGAGGACGUCUUACAUCACCUCAAGUUACGGUACGCCACAAAACGCAGUGACAAGACAAGAUGGCACAAAAGUGUUCAGAGACAAACCAGCAUCUGCUAGGCUUUUCACAUUGUCUGUGUAAUUCACGAAAUUCGACAAAGUUCUCGUCAAUUAGUUUUUUCAUUCUACACUUUGUUCGAUGCAAUUACAUAAUGAAUAUGGUGAAUUAUUGAAAACACAUCGCCCAACCCUAACACAUGUUUGUUUGAUUUGGAAAUGUAUUACAUUUUCUUUGAUGAGGUCUUGAAGACAUUGAGUUUGAAGUUAAGUUUUUUAAACUCUUUCUGGUUUGACUCAAGCUCUCUAUGCAACAACUUUUUCUUUUCCUCUAACUCUGGCCCUUCUUCGUCUCUCUUGUGCCACCUUCCACAUCUCCAGCAAAUGUCACUCUUGUCUUUUCCUCUUUUUAAAUAUCUUCCAUCACCACAACAUGUGUUUGCAAUUCCCCCCUCACUCACCCCAAGCUCUCUUGUCAUUGGUCGGCUUCCACAGGUGGGAGCGGAGCCCAAGAAAGCUCCACAGAAGAGGAGGCUCAUGGGUAGUGCAGUUCUGUCUGCACGCUGUAAAAAGAAAAAAACAUUUCUUUGUGUUUUAUAUAUAUUAUAUAUAUCAUCUAUGGCUGGAACGUAGUUUUUGGACAUGACUGGAGUAAGAGUGAUUUUAUUUUGUCUUUUAUGUUGAUCCACUGCUCACACUUCUCAUCUCUAGCCCAUUACAUUAUAAGUUUUCAAUUGCAAUUAUUAUUUUAUGUUGUUUUAUACACUUUGAAUUACUAUUUUACAAACACACACUUUAUUUUAUUUUGGCUGUGCCUUUCUUACAAGUUUAGUUUUUCACACUAAACUCUGAAUUUCCAUUCCUCACUUUUUCCUGUCUGGGUGCCAAAGCUACAUGUGUAUGUGUAUGAUUUAUGUGUGAGUGUGUGCGUGUUUGUGGGUGCGUACACAAGCAUCCGUCCGUUUGAGACACUUAAAAACACUCAAGCUAUUUGAAAGCAGAUUUGCACAUUAAAGUUGUGCACUGUCAAUCAUUUAAGCUAUUUUAUGGUACAUGUGGGUUUUAUAUCCUCACGUCACAAUUCUGUCAGGCAGAGAGUGUGUAUAUGGCCAAAAAGGUUUGAACCGUGAAACAAUGACGGAUGGUUUAUACUGUAAAUAUUCAAGGUGUGAUCCAAACUAGGGAAAAAACAGCCAAAAUAUGAAUCUAAGAGUGGUAAUUAAUAUAUUAUUGUAAUUAGAGGACAAACAAUCAAAAGAAAAUUAAUCACCAACUAUUUUCAUAAUCCAUUCAUCCAUCAUUUUAGUCAUUUUAAGGCAAAAGUGCCACUUUCCAUGGUUCUAGCUCCUCAGUUUUGAAAGAAGUCGCAUUGGGCUUUAAGAAACUGUGACAGGCAAUUUCUCAUCAUUUGCAAUGUUCUUGUACAGCUGCAUUUGUUUAGAAAACAUUUAACAUUUGAAAACUACUUGUUAAAUCAAGAGAAAUGUUGAAAACAUGUUUGUAGGGUUAGAAUUGUUUUUUACAAUUAUUAAACCCAUUUAGUCAGCCUGUUGAGUCCGGUAAGCUCCCACAGUAGAAGAUGGCAAAAUGAUUUAUCCAGAAAACAAUCAACAGAUUCCUUCAUAUUAAUAACGACUGUUACUUACACAUGUUUGUACUUGUCAUAUGAUAUCUGCUAUUUUUGGAUCAGCGCUGGUAUUGACUCUCAAAAACCUUCAGAAACGAUACCCAGCCAUACCCACUCUAAAAUAAUUUGGAUUAAAAAAAUAUCGUAAGUCGUUUAUCUGUAUGCACAAAGUAUUUACAAUUGCACUUCUCCUUUCUUCUAAAAAUACUCAGUUUUUACACCCUUGUUAGACUUUAUCUUCCACUGGACCUAUGCACAUUGAGGUACCGCUAUUUCACUGGCCCUGAAUCUGUGGUCCAUUGAGUCAUUUAAACCAUAGACUGUAUGAUUUAAACCCAGGAACUAGUCCGAUCUAUUUCUCACAUAUUUGAGUUUGUUAACAUUCCAUGCCAUGACUGUUGUGAAAGUUCCGGGUCACUGUAAACAUUCACUCCGUUCAUACGGGAUGAGGAACGGCUCCUUUGACGGCACUGUAUAAAAAUUAGCAAAAAUACACCAAAAGUUUAACAUGAGGGGUAUGUUGGGAAAGAACUACUUUGUCUUGUCCACGCUCAAAGGUAGUAAUGAAUAAAUGUGAAGAAUACAACGUGCACUUCCACACAAUGUGUCCUGGAAGGAAUUCAAUGGAUUAAAUUGCAUGAAGUGUUUCCUCUCAGCUUAACAUGAACCAGUGACUAACGCCCCACUUUCUGCUGAAGCGCUGAGCCACAACUUUAUGGAAGACCCAACCACAAUUGCACAACACAAGGAAGUAUUAUUAAGUCAUACAUUUAGCACUUUUCUAGACAAAGUGUUUCUCAAGGCAACACAAGCAAGGGAAUCAAGAUGAGACUAAAGCAGCAGUUCAAAAAAAGGACAAAUAUAUAGUUAAAUAUUCAAGAGGAUGAAUAAUUUGAUGAUAAAUAUUCACAUGCUUCACAACUCUCGUGUACAGUGUGCACACACAGCCACAACCAUUGUCCCCUGUGGACAAUAUUAAAGUGAUGGUGUGGAUUGACAUUUAGAUUGAAUCAUCAGUCCAAACUUUGUUCGAUCCCUGUAAACGAUAGACAAUUCCCAAGAUGCCUUUCAAUGCAAAACAACCAAAAACAGAUUCAUAUUCUUUUACAUUUGCCACCAAUGUUGAGCUGAUGCUUCAAAGCUUUUUACAUUAGCUGCCGUUCUGCAACCUGAUUUCUUCUCCAAAGAUCCCCACCUCUAAUAGCAACACUGAUGGAUGUUUUUAGCACAGUCCCCCAAUCCAAACUUACUUGAGAAGUCCAUAAAAUGAUCCUAUAGCAACAUGGAGGAUGCUGAAUUCAAUGUUAAUAGAGAAUGUAGGGAAACAGGCACUCCUCCCACUUACAUGGAACAAACUCACACUCUGAUAUAUUGUAGUGAAGCAACUACUUGGACGUAUCCCUCCACCAUGGCUCAGCGAGGCGAAACGGGGAGUUCAACACUCAAACAGACUUAUUAUGGAACAUGAACCAUUUCAUUUGAAGCCACAUUUUCCCUUGGGCUAAAUUACAGUGUAUUUUUUGGCCAUUACAGUGCAGUCGCGGCAUAUUCUCACAGUGAGUGUCGAGUAUGACGUGUGAGUAUUGUAUUAAAAUGACCUUGGGUUGUUUGAGUCGGCUCUGCACCAGCUGUUACAUUACCACCUUUUGAUUCCAUGUGUGAUUGAUUUUUUUUCAGUGUUACCACAUUUUGUCACAAAUUUUUGACUGAUUCUGAGUAAAUGUUUUUCAGCUGUUUACUUAUAUUGUUUUGUUGUAAUAAGUUCAUUUCCAUGGUAUCAAAAGACUGAAUGUCGAAGAGAUAAUCAUUACUUUGUGCUUAUUAUACUGAUGAAGACAGAGGUUUUUUUGGGGGGUGAUGAUGUGGAGAGCUGUGUGUUAAUAUAUAUAUAUAUAUAUAUGACUGCUUAUAGAUAGAAUAUAAUUUGAGGUUGUAGUUUAUAGGUAAGCAAAUCUCAGUUUUUCAGGUACAAUGAUGAGUUAUUGAGAACUAAACAGUUAAAUCAAUCGAUCUUUAUGUUCAGGUCACAUUUGUAGAGAAAUUUAACUUUGGUUUUGGGAAUGCUGCCAGUUUUGGGUGCAUUAUGACUCCAAUGCAUUUAACACUUAAACAAGUUUCUUAGGAAAUAAAGUCAAUCUUGUUCUAAAUAA